AUGCGCCGUUGGUUGAUCGACGCAUGGUGGCCGUGCUGUCUCCACCCCGGUACUGGGCCGCUUGACCCCACCUCAGACUCCUCUCAUCCACACACCACAUCCAAACAAGACACCUAUCACGCCAACAUGCCUUCUCUAACAGCAACAUACACAUCCCCUGCCUCCUCACCACAAACCUUCACCUCCCAACUCCCUGCACUGCCAUCACCACCCUCAACCGCCGACCGCGUCGCAUACCUCACUUCUCUCUCAUCAUCUCUCCGGACCCUCCAAAAAGACGUCAACGAAUUCCUCACUCGAAAAAUGGCCGACGACAAGGCCGCCGACGACGCAAAAGACGAGGAGACGUAUGGAGAAGAAGUCGUCGAUGAAGAUUGA